AUGAAACUGCACCCUUCCAUCACUAAGUGCAGGAUAACGUACCCCAGCGAUACAGCUUAUACGAAUUGGUGUAUCGCUCUUAUAUUGCUGCCAAGGGCAAACUCAUCGCUCAUCAACUCAAUACCAGUUCCAGCUGCUGCUCCAGCUGUAGUGCACUCAACCCGGGCUUCAACUCAUCUGCCAGCACUCGCAAUUCCCAAGUUCGAUAGGCGUUACGAGAACUGGCCUGAAUUUAGGGACUCAUUUACCUCCAUGGUGAUCAAUGUUGCAGAACUUGCUCCAGUUCAGCGUCUUCAGUAUUUGAAGAGCUGUUUUCAAGAACCAGCCGCACUCAGCCUCGCCAGUGUACAAAUGUGCGAUGAGCAAUUUGUAUCUGCUUGGACCCAGCUAAAGGAGAGGUACAACAAUCCUCGUCUGCUCAUCGGUUCUCAAUUGAACAAGCUCUUAAAUAUGCGUGUGCUCACAUUACGUUCAUCUGAGCAGCUCAAUUAUCUCCUGAACACCGUGUCGGAGGUAAUCAACGCACUCAAAGCACUAGGUGUACAAUUGAACUCAGAUAUGAAUCCACUGCUUAUGCAGUUGAUCAUAUCCAAGCUGGAUUCUCAUAACAGGGAGCUCUGGAAGAACAAAAUGAGUGCUUCCACUGAAUACCCAACACUCAAAGCACUCAAUGACUUCUUGGUCAGUCGGGCUCAAGAACGAGUAGAACAGACGUUCUCGUCGAAACCACCACGCUCAUCCGGUAACCCAGCUUCAUACGCUGCUGCUGCUGUUCCUCACUCGUCACCCAGUACUCAAACUCUAGCCACGCACUCAUCUGCUGCGAGUUCAAAGCCUCCGAAGAAGGUAUCCCCUCCUGCACAAUAUCCCUGUGAUUUGUGCAAAGGAGAUCACGUUAUUGUGAGAUGCACUCAAUUCUUGGGACUCAAUAAUGCUAAACGCACUCAAAUCGUUGUUGACAAGCGGCUUUGCUAG